AUUGCAAACCACAAAGUUCAAAGCACUAAGACGUCGCAAACGGCCGCUCACACUCACUCUCUUCCUGAGGAACUCGAAAAUGGUAAUGGACUGUAGGAACUGGGACGAAGAGUCUUACAGAGACUCCAUCCUGCAAGAUAUAGAGACGAAUUGCAGAACCGUAUUCCGGACCGCUUUUGGUCCCAACUCGAGCCGCAGCUCAACUCCCGACCACCUAUUUGCCGCCACAAGCGACGGCUCCAUUGCCUCAUACUCCAUCUCUUCCCUCUUGGGUUCCUGUCAUGGGGAUUUCGGAUCUGGGAAGUUGUUUGCACCACUUGCAGAGCCUCUUUGGUGGGUUCAAGGGCAUGAUGGACCUGCCUAUGAUAUUAAAUUCUACAGUAACACAGAGGAUUCGGUAUUGUUAAGUUGUGGCGAUGAUGGCCGAAUCCGGGGAUGGAAAAGGGGAGAAAUUUUGGAAUCAAACAAUUCUAUUCAAGGAGGAAAUUCAAAACCAGUGCUUGAUUUGGUGAAUCCUCAACAUAAAGGCCCAUGGGGUGCACUUUCACCAAUCCCAGAGAACAAUGCUAUUGCUGUUAAUCCACAGAAUGGAUCAGUAUUCGCUGCUGCUGGUGAUUCAUGCGCUUAUUGCUGGGAUCUGGAAAGAAGUGAGAUUAAAAUGGUCUUUAAGGGACAUUCAGACUAUCUUCAUUGCAUUAUUGCGCGUAAUUCUCAUGAUCAGGUAAUAACUGGUUCAGAAGAUGGAACAGUACGAGUUUGGGAUUGUAAAAGUGGAAAGUGUGUGCAAGUAAUUGAUCCGAAGAAGGAUAAGACCCUAAAAGAAACUUUUCCAUACAUUAGUUGCAUUGCCCUUGAUGCAAGUGAGAGCUGGCUGGCAUUUGGAAGUGGCCCGUCGUUAUCAAUCUGGAACCUUCCCGCGUCUCAUUGCAUAACAAGGAUAACAACAAAUUCUGCUAUGCAAGAUGUUAUUUUUGAUGACCAUCAAGUUUUGGCAGUAGGAUCAGAGCCUUUACUCAGCCGGUUCAGUAUGGGUGGGGAGAUCAUUUCACAAAUACAGUGUGCUCCUGAAUCAACAUUUUCCAUCUCAUCACAUCCUUCAGGGGUUACAGCUGUGGCUGGCUAUGGAGCAUUAGUAGAUAUCAUCUCAGAGUUCGGAAGUCAUAUGUGUACAUUCAGGUGCAAGGGUUAAUGGGAGUGUAAUGAAGAAGAUCUCUUAGA